AUGAAGGUGGGAAACAAGCGAGCAAUAAAGAAGGUUCACUUUAGCCUCAGUAAGAUAGGUAUCUUGCCGCUCUCCCAUGGCGUAAGGUAUCUCGCCGCCCACCCACGCAUGGCCUUUCUCAUGUUCUGCUACUCGGGAGGGGUCGGAUCGACUUGGGUCCUUGCUGGGGAUUGUCUGCGGCUAGCUUUCUUUCCGUCGUCGGUUCACACGGGAGCCCACAAUGCGGGUAACAAGAUUACGCUCGACCACAAAGCUUCAGACCCGACAGGGGUACAUGGGUACAGUAAGCAGGAGUUUACAUCUUAUCCGUACUGGGGGAGGAGCCCAGUCCAGGGCAAGCCGCAAGCCGCAACAACUGCAGCGCUUGCCUGGAAGAGCCGGGCAAGCCAAGUCAAGAGGUGGAUGGUACCCCUUGCCAAUGGCGUCAAGGGGGGUGCAUGGUUGGAGAAAAUGGUGAAAAGUUCAGAUGACAGCGAGGCUUGCCUCGUCCUUCGGAAAGCCCCAGGCAGAGGCGAGACCACGCAGCGUGGCCACUGGUGGGCAGGUGCAGCAACGUUGACCCGGGUCACGGACGGGCCGCCGACCGAAACCAAUGUGAUACGUCUCCCACGUCAGAAACCCCGGUCCGUGAACGCCCGGACCACUCUGUCACUGGCUCCUGCUGCGAUUAUUGAUUGGUCGCCGCCCGGGUGGAGUCACUCCCGGCAGAACCUCGCUGGGCUUAGCGCGGCCGCCUUUCUUCAACUUCCCACGCCGGUCUCUUGUUUCCGUCCAUCCCACACAGCCGAGACCAGACAAUCACGCACCACUAAUCCAACCAUCCAUCCAUCCAUCCAUCCAUCCGACAACUCGCGUUCCUGGGCAAGGCUGCAGGCAUGUAUUCAACUCACCCGGGCGUCGUAUACUGCCGCUAUCCUGCGACACGGAGACGAUGCUCAUUUCCACUGCGAUCGACGCCUUUCUGACAUUGCCAACUGGAUCCUCCUUUCGUCUCUCGCCAAGGGUGUCACGCUCCGUUGGUCUAGGGCCAUGAUCUGCAAGCCCCGGCUGCCAGAGGUUAUCUGUCUUGCAUCGUCAAUCACAAUUCGUGAUCUUGACAGCCAGAGCACUGGCCUCGCAGGCGCCAUGCAAGGAGUUGAGAAACGAAUGACCACCAACAUCUCCUCGCAGCCCACUAGUAAACGGCCAUCCCACUCUCGAGGCCUGCUACACGAGGGCGGCUCUGCAACCAAAGCACUGACCUUGUCACUUCAUGGACAGCCUGUUUUCCGGCCUGGUCCUAAUUCCAAACCGCCUCAAUACACUAGCCACUUAAGCUUAUCGGCAAUGGAACACCUCGAGCUGCCUGCGGGCUGCCUCGGCAGGGACUUAGAGAUUCAGUGUUCCUCGAAUGUGUUAACAACAUUAGGCUCGGAAAUCUUACUCGGCAGCCCAGACCCGUUCUUCCACGGCUCGUUUCGGCAAGCCAAGACCUUGCAGGGCUUGCAAACCGUUUCAAAAGCCUUUGGAGGCUCCAAACCAUUCUUUUCGUCCCAACUCGCCAUUUGUGAGCAAAGAGAAGGGAACCCAUCCCAUUUCUCUAUUGCCCGGGGAGCCUGUCUGGGUCAACUCGACCAGGCUUUCAUUCCGUCUACCCGUGACCCGAGUCGUAUGGGAGCCACGACCGCCACGCUCAUCAUCUCUUUCUUCAAGUCCUUCUCAUCACCCAUCCCCACCAGCCAGAGAAAAGAAACCUCCGAAAAGCCCGUCCCUUUCGCAAGCACACCCCUGUUAUCAACCUUUCGAAACUCGAAGACUGGCCCCGGUUUGCCUUGCUUGAACCAGUACGACAUCAUGACUCCAGCAUCGUUUGCUAGCGUACACUAUAUGCGCGCGCCUGACAAAAACGCAACCCCUUCGUCCUUGCCUGUCUACCUCUCUACACUGCGUGUCGGGCGCAAGCCCAUUUUGUGGAUUAUCCCACUCGCCGACUCGUCUUCGGACAGCUGA